GAGCCAGUGAACUAUCCCCGCCCCGGCAGCUCACUCAAUCCGACCCGAAGAGAAGGCGAGUCCACGGCUAAAAAUAUAAUAGCUAACACAAGAUGGCCGGUUUGCCUCGUAGGAUUAUUAAGGAGACACAGCGGUUGAUGGCAGAGCCUGUUCCAGGGAUCACGGCUACGCCUGAUGAAGGGAAUGCACGUUACUUCCAUGUGGUCAUUGCAGGGCCUCAAGACUCUCCUUUUGAAGGAGGCACAUUUAAACUUGAACUAUUUCUUCCAGAAGAGUAUCCCAUGGCAGCUCCCAAAGUGCGAUUCAUGACCAAAAUCUACCACCCCAAUGUUGACAAACUGGGAAGAAUAUGUUUAGACAUUUUGAAAGAUAAGUGGUCUCCAGCCCUGCAGAUUCGUACAGUGUUGCUAUCUAUCCAGGCGUUAUUAAGUGCUCCCAAUCCAGAUGAUCCCCUGGCAAACGAUGUUGCAGAGCAGUGGAAGAAAAACGAAAGCAACGCCAUCGAGACAGCCCGAGCAUGGACCAGGCUCUACGCGGGCAAAACUCCGUGUAGUAAAUACCCGAGCAUGGACCAGGCUCUACGCGGGAAACACUGAAGUAUAGAAGAAGAGAGACGAGGCGUCUGAAUGUGAUCCACAAAAAUGUACUCCUAUUCUGUCAACAUUUGAAUUUAACGGACACAAAAAAAAAAGAGAAAAAAAAAUAAGAUUAUAAGUCCAAAUCUAUUUGAAAGAAAUGACGAGAUUUACUGCUGCAGACCUCUGGGUGACUUAUUUUCCUCUCUAAAACGCGUUAAGUGUGUGUUAACCUUUUUUUUUUUUGUUUGUUUCCUGUGUUGCUAUUUAAAUGCAUGGACAGUGAAUGACACCCUCCCCACUACAGUCUUAAAAAUAACAUGCAAUAUGUCGUCCUGAACCGGACACAUACUGGUACGUUUGCAAAAAUAUACAUUAAAGCUGUUCUUCUUUUAAACACAUGCAUUAUUUGUCAACACAUCUGUAUGUCUUUUUGUGAGAGAUGACAUGUUCUGUUAUUUCAACACAUAGAGAGUACAGCUGUCUUUUUCUCCCCACUAAUAGUACGUAGGUAAAAAAAAAUACAAACACGAAUGAUGUUUCUCUUUACUCUUUUUAGCGAAAUACGAUGAGAUUUUGGGGGGGAAAAAUAGCCCUUACAUUCAACAAGGAGGUUAGUUGGAUUUCCACUCCCGUGUGUCUGUGCAUACCAACACGUCACAAACACUGAACAUUAAGUCGGUGGUGCAGCUACUGUAGUUCGGCAUCAUCUCAAGAGCACACGGGGCACUUAAUACGGAGCACAGAGGUGAAACUCUUUCACAAUGUUUUCAUCACACAGCAAAGACGAUCUUUAUUUGUACAAUUUGACAUUAAAAAGCAAUUUUAAAAGGGUUCCACAGAGGAAGUAUCUCCUCAAAAAAAAAACAAAUCCUUCCAAAAGACACUUUCUGUAACUGCAGCACAAAUCAAGUUUGAGAAUUAGACCACUGAGAAAACAGAGGAGGAACAUUUUCAUCCACAGACAACUGAGGGACGUUUCAUUCCAAUGUUUUUACUGUAAAAUAAACCUGAACGCGCCCUGAAGGUUGCUGUGUACCUGCCAAAUUUGCCGGUAGAGAAACACAGUACUGAGCAGCCAUAGCGAACGUUUAAAAGCAGUUUAGUCCAUGGCUAGCGUCAAUUUGUGGCCCCAGCAGCUGUGAUUUUAGCGCUUCCUUAUUUACAUCUUAACAUUGGUCUUAGUUUGAUAGAAAGGACUGAGUUUUGUUUGAUUAGCUGCCUGAUUAGGUGAUUGAUUGUGCUUCUAAAUAAUCCAAACAUGUAAUAUUUUGUUUUUUCAACAUUGUGUCAAGCAGUCCGUUUGGCAGUAGUGUGACAUUUUGCCACAUCUUAAAAAGUUUCCACACUUUAGUCUCAAGCUGUCGGUGUAAUGUUUGUUUCAUCCAUCUGUACAUGUUUCAUUUAAACCCUGUUUUUGGACAGUUUGGGGAGGGUGAGCAGGUUACUUCCACACACUUGAGAAAAAAAGCCAUUCCCAACACAUUCAGGAAGGUAGAAUGACGCAAAUUCUUUUGUGUUGAAAAGAAAUUGUAUGCAUGUUGUAGCAGACUACUCAAAUGUGUUGAAAAUGUCCUUUUUUUUUAUUAAGGGUGUAGGACGUUGAGCUGUUUUUGUUUUUAUUUUCCUUUUUUUUUAAACUGUCUGUCCAUGCUAUCUAUGUUGCCUGUUCUCUUAUUUUAUUUUCAGUGUUACUUCAUUUAAAAAAAAAAAAGGCAUGUAC